AUGGCCUCCAACAACCAAGGAGGUGCUACUCGUCUCCCAAAGAACAAGGAGGAGUGGGAAAAACGUUUCCCUGCAGGAUCCAAAGCUAAGUCAAUCACUGAAAUUAAAACCCUGAAUUCUGGAUCUUCUGUAACCGAAGAGCAGUUUUUAACCUUCAGGGUUCUUUGGACCACCAAGAGCUGUGCCUGCCUUUACAUUCCCAAGGCCUAUGAAAGAGAUGCAAACGCUAUCCUUGACCGGAUAGCUCCUUUCAAGUCAUAUAUCGAGCAUAUAAAACAAGGAAAUAAAGGCGUACCCUCGUACACAAACGGUGGGGAUAAAUUGGGAGUUUUCCAGAUGGUGAGAUAUUACCAGCUGCAGGUUCAGACUAAUCUCCCGGCCCAGGAAACGCAAGACGAUUCUAUGAGCCAGAAUGUUCGAUUCACCCCUGUCCGAGCGACACCUUCUUCAAGCGACGGCUCUGCGUCUGCAAGCGCCCUCAGUAAUAUGACUGCAGCUUGUGACCAGACAUGGAUAGAUUGGAAGCCAGCAAGUGAUGAACAGAUCGUCAACCAGGCGUUGAUGAAGUUACUUACUGCGCUCACAAUCAAUAUCCCCAACGUUAAAUGCGAGUGGUCAAUUGCACGGUUUCUUUUCAAACACCAGUUUAAACAUACAACUAUGGAGGCAAGAACCGACGGCUACCUGCGGCUCUUACAGGAUAAUGGCCGAACAGUGAUAGCAAUUGUUGAGACAAAAGCUCAUGUCCGAAGAGAUAACAGGGUUCGCAUGCAGGAGGCUGCAGAAAUGCUCUUAUGGAUAUUGCAUAAUCACGAACAAGACCCAGGAAUCCCAGCCAAGAAGCGUUACCUCAUAGCGCAGGAUCGACACGAAAUCUUCGUGGUCAAAGCGGAGUAUGAUCUGAAUUAUAUCGAAUACCUCCGCAAUAAGGAACGAGACACCUUUAUGAGAAUAACUGAAUUCGGCCCAUUUAAGACAGACGAGUCCCAGCACAUGAAGAAGUUUGCAAAUUUCAUCGUGGCACUAUGUCUGCAAAUUGGAGAAUGA